UAACAUCUGGAUAUGGUACCCUAUACACAUGUCAGUGGUGUGGAGCUCAUCACAGCUUGAGGACCCUGCGGAGAGCAUGAUUUACCAAGAAACUGAGCAAUGUGUGUUUCCUUGGAGUUGAUCAUCAGCAUCCAGAAGCUGCACAUUCAAAGGAAGCGUUUUGGUGUAUGAUUCACAAACUGCUACUUGCUUCUACUGCUGCCACUAACUAUUGGAUGCUUUCUUCUUUUUUUUUCUAGAUGCAUUGCAUCUCUUCAGGCAGGGGUGGGGGGAGGAAUAAAUGGAAAGUGUGAAGUUGUGCAUGGUUGCAACAACGUUUCAUUUUGUCGUUUUUUUUCCAGAAUCCUUUAUUUAAUUUUUUAUUCUGUCAUGCAAAUCGUUAAAUCGCUGUCUGAGAGCCUACUUGUAAGGCAGUGCCUGCUCCUCUUACCUGCCUGUAUCACCCUUCUGGAACUAAUCACAGCCAUCAGCCUCUCUGUACAGCCUAAUGCAGAUGAGAUUAGUGGUUAGAAACUGGCCAGUACCAGCAAAGUAUCUUCCUGGAGUGCUUGCCACCUAUAUGAUCUGCUUGCCACCUAUAUGAUCUGCAGUUAGCUGGCCAUCUCAGCAGAAAUCACCCUACUUGUACCUGCAUUAUUGACCUACAGUAUUUAUUAUUAGCUGCUGGGGGCUAAUCUUUUAAGAGUAGACUGCACCUUGUCUUCUGACCACAGAAAAGGAAAAUUAAAUACAUCUUAUCAUUUUUGGUUAUUCACACAAGAGAGGGGGCUUUCCUUUUACUGGCAUCUGGACUGGAAACCCACUGGCUUUUCUGCUGGCUCCAAUUAGACAUGACAAGUAAGGCAUCUUGCAGUCCAUGCACGCCUCCUCUUGCAGAUCAGCAGCAUUCUUCAGUGACAACCUUUAAAUCCUAACAAAAAAAAAAAAUCCAAGAAAACAAAGCAAGCACAUUAUCAUGGACCUAAGGGAUUUUUACCUGUUGGCUGCUCUUAUUGCCUGCUUAAGGCUGGAUUCUGCAAUCGCCCAAGAACUCAUUUAUACUAUAAGAGAAGAACUGCCUGAAAAUGUACCAAUAGGGAAUAUACCAAAGGAUCUGAAUAUUUCUCAUAUCAAUGCCGCCACUGGAACCAGUACUGGACUCGUUUAUAGACUGGUCUCUAAAGCUGGGGACUCUCCUUUGGUUAAGGUGUCCAGCACUACCGGGGAAAUCUUUACAACCUCCACCAGGAUAGAUCGAGAAAAGCUCUGUGCUGGAUCAUCUUAUGCAGAAGAAAAUGAAUGUUUCUUUGAACUUGAAGUAGUCAUUCUUCCGAAUGACUUUUUUAGACUUAUCAAGAUAAAAAUAAUCGUCAAGGAUACCAAUGAUAACGCACCUAUGUUCCCGUCAACCGUGAUCAAUAUCUCUAUUCCAGAAAACACGCUUAUUAACAGCCGUUUCCCCAUCCCAUCAGCAGUGGACCCCGACACCGGCUUCAAUGGAGUUCAACACUAUGAACUUCUCAAUGGCCAGAGCGUAUUUGGACUGGAUAUUGUUGAAACACCAGAAGGGGAGAAGUGGCCACAACUCAUUGUCCAGCAGAAUCUGGACAGGGAACAAAAGGAUACUUACGUGAUGAAGAUCAAAGUGGAGGAUGGUGGGUCGCCUCAAAAAUCCAGCACGGCCAUUCUGCAAGUUACAGUAAGUGAUGUGAAUGAUAACAAACCGGUCUUUAAAGAAAGUCAGGUGGAAGUCCAUAUUCCAGAAAAUGCCCCCGCUGGGACAUCAGUGGUCCAGUUACACGCAACAGAUGCAGACGUUGGCAGCAAUGCUGAAAUUAAGUACAUCUAUGGUGCCCAAGUGACAUCUGCCACCAAAAGGCUUUUUGCAUUAAAUAACACCACCGGGUUAAUCACUGUUCAGAGGCUGUUAGACAGGGAAGAGACUGCCGUUCAUAAGUUAACAGUCCUGGCUACAGAUGGAAGCUCCACUCCAGCAAGGGCAACCGUUACAAUUAACGUGACCGAUGUUAAUGACAACCCUCCAAAUAUUGAUCUCAGGUACAUCAUCAGCCCCAUCAAUGGCACAGUGUACUUAUCAGAGAAAGAUCCCAUUAACACAAAGAUUGCCCUCAUCACAGUUUCCGAUAAAGACACCGAUGUCAACAGCAAGGUCAUCUGCUUCAUUGAGAGAGAAGUACCCUUUCACUUGAAAGCUGUUUAUGACAACCAGUACUUGCUGGAGACUUCUUCCUUGUUGGACUAUGAGGGAACCAAAGAAUUCAGUUUUAAAAUAGUUGCAGCUGAUACUGGGAAACCCAGCCUUAACCAGACAGCUUUAGUGAGAGUGGAACUGGAGGAUGAAAAUGACAACCCUCCAAUUUUUACUCAGCCUGUAAUUGAGCUAUCUGUGUCAGAAAACAACCGCAGAGGUCUAUACUUAACUACAAUCAGUGCCACCGACGAGGACAGUGGAAAGAAUGCUGACAUUGUGUAUCAACUUGGCCCAAACGCCUCUUUUUUUGACCUGGAUCGUAAGACUGGGGUUCUGACAGCUUCAAGAGUGUUCGACAGAGAAGAACAAGAGCGCUUCAUCUUCACUGUCACCGCUAGAGACAAUGGGUCACCACCGCUCCAGAGCCAAGCAGCUGUCAUAGUCACUGUCCUGGACGAGAAUGACAACAGCCCUAAGUUUACCCACAAUCAUUUUCAGUUCUUUGUCUCUGAGAACUUGCCAAAGUACAGCACCGUGGGAGUUAUCACAGCCACAGACUCGGAUGCAGGAGAAAACAAAGCUGUGACCCUUUCUAUACUGAAUGACAAUGAGAACUUUGUUCUGGAUCCAUAUUCGGGUCUGAUCAAGUCUAAUGUAUCUUUUGACCGAGAGCAACAGAGUUCCUAUACUUUUGAUGUCAAAGCAGUGGAUGGAGGACAAACUCCACGUUCUUCUACAGCUAAAGUAACCAUAAAUAUCAUGGAUGCCAAUGAUAACAGCCCAGUAGUUAUCUACCCACCAUCCAACACAUCUUUUAAACUGGUGCCUCUUUCAGCGAUUCCAGGAUCAGUAGUUGCCGAGGUGUUUGCUGUGGAUAUUGACACCGGGAUGAAUGCUGAACUAAAAUACACUAUUGUUAGUGGGAAUGUCAAGGGAUUGUUUAGGAUAGACCCAGUAACAGGUAACAUAACACUUGAAGAGAAACCAUCUACAGCAGAUGUUGGCCUCCACCGUUUAGUGGUCAACAUAAGUGACUUAGGAUACCCAAAGCCGCUUCAUACUCUAGUUCUUGUCUUCUUGUACGUGAAUGAAACUGCUGGCAAUGCCUCUUACAUUUACGAUUUGAUAAGAAGGACUAUGGAAACACCUCUCGAUAGAAACAUUGGGGACAGCAGCCAACCUUACCAAAAUGAGGACUACCUAACUAUCAUGAUUGCCAUAGUGGCAGGUGCUAUGGUGGUCAUAGUGGUCAUUUUUGUGACAGUCCUAGUCCGAUGUCGGCAUGCAUCAAGAUUCAAGGCUGCCCAGAGGAGCAAACAAGGAGCAGAGUGGAUGUCGCCCAACCAGGAAAACAAGCAGAAUAAGAAAAAGAAGAGGAAGAAAAGAAAGUCACCCAAGAGUUCUCUCCUGAACUUUGUGACCAUUGAGGAGUCUAAACCAGAAGAUACAGUUCAUGAACCUAUCAACGGGACAAUAAGCCUUCCAGCUGAGCUGGAGGAGCAAGGGAUCGGACGUUUUGACUGGGGUACAGCUCCCCCUACCACCUUCAAACCCAACAGCCCCGACCUAGCUAAGCAUUACAAAUCUGGCUCUCCGCAGUCUGCUUUUCAUCUUAAAGCAGACACUCCAGUAUCAGUAAAAAAGCACCACGUGAUUCAGGAACUCCCUUUGGACAACACCUUUGUUGGGGGCUGUGAUACCCUCUCCAAACGCUCUUCCACUAGUUCAGAUCACUUCAGUGCCUCAGAGUGCAGUUCCCAGGGAGGCUUCAAGGCAAAAGGUCCAUUACACACCAGACAGGGUGGCACAACUGUACAUUGCAACUGCCUCGCUUGUACUGCAACAUAUUUGCACACUCCCAGCGACUAUGGAAAGCUCAUAUAUAGAACUGAUCCGGCUUCAUCUCUAGACACCUUUUCACCGACCCUCGUUUAUUCUGUUAGGGGGCAAGACUUACCAUUACAUGAGAUACUGAAUGCUUCCUGUGACAACAACGCCAUCCAAUCCCACCGACGAGUUACAUUUCACCUCCCUGAUGGCUCACAAGAAAGCUGCAGUGACAGUGGUCUAGGAGACCAUGAACCUGUGGGUAGUGGAACUUUGAUCUCACACCCUCUCCCUCUGGUUCAGCCACAGGACGAAUUCUACGACCAAGCCUCUCCUGACAAGAGGACUGAAGCUGAUGGCAACUCUGACCCCAACUCUGAUGGACCUCUUGGACCAAGAGGAUUAGCAGAAGCUACAGAAAUGUGUACUCAAGAAUGCCUGAUUCUAGGUCACUCUGAUAAUUGCUGGAUGCCUCCAAGUCUUGGUUCAUACCAGCAGCCAAAAUCACCUCUUUCCACUUUUGCACCCCAAAAGGAUUGGCUUAAAAAAGACAAAUUGGUUAAUGGGCACACAUUGACAAGAACCUGGAAAGAAGACAGCAACAAAAAUCAAUUCAACGACCGAAAUCAAUAUGGAAGCAGUGAUGGACACUUUAGCAGUGGGAAUCAUAUGAAUGACAUUCCUUUGGCUAAUUUAAAGUCUUAUAAGCAAGUCUCAGGUGCUUUGGAUAGCCCAAAGGAGCAGCAACUAUAAACAUGUGUUUUCGGACCAGUGACUUUAGCCAAAAUAGAUUUGCUAAUAUUGUGUGUCAGAGCUUCACGUACUGAGUAGACCUCUAGAACUAUGCUUCAUAUAACAAAAAUAUGCAUACAUUUGUUUUACAACUAUUAAACCGUGGUGUUCUACUCCUUAUGAAUACAAUAUUUCUAGAUGUGGGGUUUUUUUUGUUUUUUUUUUGGUGAAUCAAGUUAAAAACAAGUUUUUCAUUUUGGUUUCAAAAAUCUUUACUUUACCCUGGACUGCUGCUAAAGACUGCAGGAGAUGUUUUAACUAUAUGGCUAUAGGGAAAAAGAAUUCUGUGUGGAUUGCGGUAGUUGAAAAGCAUAUAUAAUUAGAUGAUUUGUGCUCUUGAUGUUGAUUAUAUGUGCUGGGACAUUUAUACUUGAUAUCAUACAACAAACCAGCUAAAUCUUUAAAGACGAAACCUAUUGUGCUAUUAAUAAUGUUAGUGGACACUUGUAAGUCAAUCAGUGUUCAAAUACCUGUAAAUAGAAACAAGUUACUACUAACAACCUUGUGUAUUUUAUGGCCACAUAUAUAUAUCUAUAUUGUAGCAUACUUUUUUGUCAAGAUUGCAUUUUAAUUUGUUGUUUUAUCAGAUUUUUUGUUUAAUUUCAGUGUUCCGUGUUUCCGUGUACCUGUCAAACAUAUAAUGUUACGACUUCAAGUAACUUCAAAACACUUGUGUUAACGUAUAGAAGGCCUUGCUUCUAUUGUGCUAGAAAAGUAUGCUGUUUUUUGGGGCAAUUCAAACUGUUCUCUAAAAAUGCACUUUAAUUUUCUUUCUGUUUAAACCAACAAAGGAGCGGAAAAAAAACAUAUAUAUAGAAUAAAAAUUAUAAUGUAACAAUUUAAAAAUAUUUAGUAUCCGUCGAUACUACUUUCAAAACACAAAUGCAAUUGGAAAAAAUGAAACUAUAUAUGAAAACAGUUUAUGUUGCUGAUAUAACAGCAUUUGUUGCUUGUGUAUUGUGAUAACACAAGUGUUUUUAUACCAUAGCCACAAACUAUUUAAUGUGUUGUGCCUCCAUUGUGUAACCAAGCAUUCUCCUAGUAGGCCAGUUGGCGGGAAUGGUUAGAUAAUUUUUUUUUGUUGUUAAAUACUGUUUGUUAAUAUCAUUCACUGGCCAAUGCCUGGCAGGAACAGAUAUUAUGUAACUGUUAAGCCAAAAGUGAAUUCUGAUGUUCAUAGGAUCUCAGUUGCACGUAGACCUAAAUUGGGACAUUCUAUCAAGGUUUUAGUUAAGGCAUGACAGACAAUUUAAGCUAACAAAAAAAAAAAAAAAGCAUGCUAAAUUCCUUACCGAAAAAAAAAAAAAAUAUCUUAUGCCACAGUUAAACAUUUAUGAAAAUGUUUGUUAAUUGGAUGGUUAUUUGUUUUUAAUCAAAAAAAUAUAUUUUGUGUAUAGCAACUCACGAUUUUAUCCACAAUAUAGGCGUGAAAAGGGGUGGGGUGCAUUGCUUAUUGCAGUACUUAUGUCAGUCUGUGAGGGUUGUUUGAUGAUUAUGACAGAAUACGUAUCUAACCAGUUAAUAUUGUUACUGCUUUGCCAGUUCAACGUUAUUUACAGUUAUUUAGCUCUUGAAAUAAAUGUGUUAAAACCCA